AUGAUCGAGAUCGAACAGUUUACCUGUCUGUCCGACAAUUUCGGCGUUCUGCUGCAUGACGCGGAGACCGGGCGGACGGUUUCGAUCGAUGCGCCGGAAGCGGCGGCGAUCCAAGCCGCCCUUUCGCGGCGCGGCUGGAAACUGACCGACAUUGUGGUCACACACAAGCAUUUCGAUCACAUUGACGGCCUCAAACCGCUCAAGGACGCGUAUGGCUGCACCAUUGCCGGCCCCAAAGCCGAGGCGGACGCGAUCGGCAUGCUCGACGAGCAAUUGGCCGAAGGCGAUGUCUACGAGGCCGGGUCCAUGACGUUUUCGGUGAUCGAAACGCCGGGCCAUACGCUGGGCCAAAUCAACUACCACUGCCCGCAGGCCAAUGCGCUUUUUGCCGGUGAUACGCUGUUUUCGCUGGGAUGCGGUCGGCUGUUCGAGGGCAGCGCCGGCGACAUGUUCGCUUCGCUUGAAAAGCUCAAGGCCCUGCCGCCGCAGACGCAUCUUUACUGCGGUCACGAAUACACGCGGUCGAAUGCGGCUUUCGCGCUGUCGGUCGACCCGGACAAUGAUGCGCUGAAAGUCCGCGCCGAUCAGGUGGAGGCGCUACGUGCCGAGGGCUUGCCGACGCUGCCGGUCACGCUGGAGCGCGAACUUGCCACCAACCCGUUCCUGCGAACCGGCGAUGCCGGCAUUCGCGCGCAUCUGGGCAUGAUGGACGCCGACGAUGUGGCCGUCUUCGCCGAAUUGCGGGCGCGCAAGGAUCGCUUCUGA